AACUGCUAGUUAGUGAUGGAGCAAACUGAGCUGGUCUUCAUCCCAUUUCCUGGCAUCGGCUACCUUGCGUCUGCACUGGAGAUCGCAAAGCUGAUUACUAAGCGAGACCCCCGAUUCUCAAUCACGAUUUUCAUCAUGAAGUUUCCGUUUGGGUCCACUGAUGGUAUGGACACGGACUAUGAUUCCAUACGUUUCGUCACACUUCCUCCUGUAGAGGUCAGCUCCGAAACGACCCUGUCUGGUCACUUCAUCUCUGAAUUCGUCAAAGUUCACAUACCACUCGUCCGAGACGCCGUCCACGAGCUCACUCGCUCCAACUCGGUUCGGCUCUCUGGGUUCAUUAUUGAUAUGCUCUGCACCCACAUGAUUGACGUGGCCGAUGAGUUUGGGCUGCCUUCCUAUCUCUUCUUCUCUUCCGGCGCUGCUGUUCUUGGCUUCCUGUUACAUGUUCAGUUCCUUCAUGAUUAUGAGGGCUUGGAUAUUAAUGAGUUCAAAGACUCGGAUGCUGAGUUGGAUGUUCCGACUUUUGUUAACUCAGUUCCGGGUAAGGUCUUCCCUGCUUGGAUGUUUGACAAGGAAAGCGGAGGGGCUGAGAUGCUUCUGUAUCACACGAGGAGAUUCAGAGAAGUCAAGGGCAUUCUGGUAAAUACGUUUAUUGAGCUUGAAUCACAUGCCAUUCAAUCACUUUCUGGCAGUACAGUACCCGAGGUGUAUCCCGUUGGACCCAUGAGUUGGCUUGACGAUCAGCCUCCAUCGUCUGUGAUUUUCCUGUGCUUCGGGAGCAGGGGAAGCUUUGGUGCGGAUCAAAUCAAGGAGAUAGCAUAUGGGUUAGAGCACAGCGGGCAUCGCUUCUUGUGGUCCCUUAGCCAACCUCCCCAAAAGGGUAAAAUGGAAUUUCCAGGCGGCUAUGAAAAUAUUGAGGAAGUUCUACCAGAAGGAUUUUUACAUCGGACGGCUAGAAUUGGAAAGGUGAUUGGAUGGGCUCCACAAAUAGCGGUUUUAGCCCACUCAGCUGUUGGAGGAUUUGUAUCUCAUUGUGGAUGGAAUUCUUUGCUAGAAAGCAUAUGGUAUGGUGUUCCAGUAGCCACUUGGCCAAUAUAUGCAGAACAACAAAUCAACGCAUUUCAAAUGGUGAAAGAUUUGAGGUUGGCGGUAGAAAUUAAAAUUGAUUACAAUAAGGAUCGUGAUCAUAUUGUAAGUGCUCAUGAGAUUGAAAAUGGAUUAAGGAACCUAAUGAAUACCAAUAGUGAGGUGAGGCAGAAGAAGAAAGAAAUGCAAAAAAUAAGUAGAAAAGUCAUGAUAGAUGGUGGAUCCUCACACUUUUCUUUAGGCCAUUUUAUUGAAGACAUGAUGGACAGCAAAGUGAUGAAAGGGAAAGAUGCAUUGUAGGCUCCAAUUAACUUAUCAUCUGCUUUAUUUCAAUGGUCAAAUAAUUUGUUAAGCAAUUUGACUUUUCAAACUAGGAAAUGUGUUCUCUCUUUCUUAUUUAGUGAAGACGUUUACAAGGGCAUGGAUUUA